UGGGUAGAGGGGCUUUUGGGCAAGAUCCCAGACCUGCAGACUCAGCCACCAUCACUCUGGGCCAGCAGACAGGCUGCAAGAGCCAUCCAGAAAUCCCCCGCCAAGGCCAGCCAGAGUGGGGCCAAGGUCAGGCCUCCCUUCCCUUCCCAGAACCACAGCUGCUGCUGGGCUUCUGGCCUCCUGGGAAAUCCAGCAAGAGGGAAAGGCUGAUAUCAUGCACCGGGAGUGAGGUCACCCUGCCUGCUCCAUUCUGUGGCUGAAAACCCUACUCGGCAUCCACCCGGCAGGCUCUGGCUCCCCCACCCCUCUUGCCCAAGUUUUGCUGGAACCAGAUGCCAGUGCAGCCCGGAGCGGCCACCAGAGGGUGCCCUGUGGCAAGAGUGUCGGGGGUGGAGAGGUGGAGGCUGGGCUGGUCUCUGUUGCUGGAAUGGGCCGGGAGGGAGGAGGAGCAAGCGGAAGGGGACGGUGUGUCGCUGGCCCAGGAGCCUGUAGAAGACGGCCUCCGGUGGCCGGUUUGGGCGGCCUGGGACUGUGGCUGCAGCCAGGCAUGGCAGACUCUGCACAAGCCCAGAAGCUGGUGUACCUGGUCACAGGUGGCUGUGGCUUCUUGGGGGAACAUGUGGUCCGCAUGCUGCUGCAGCAGGAACCCCAGCUCCGUGAGCUGCGCAUCUUUGACCUACACCUGGGUCCCUGGCUGGAGGAGCUGAAGACAGGGCCCGUGCAGGUGACUGCCAUCCAGGGGGACGUGACCCAGGCCCACGAGGUGGCAGCAGCUGUGGCCGGAGCCCACGUGGUCAUCCACACAGCUGGGCUGGUGGACGUGUUUGGGAAAACCAGUCCUGAGACCAUCCAUGAGGUCAACGUGCAGGGCACGCGGAACGUGAUUGAGGCGUGUGUGCAGACUGGAACACGCUUCCUGGUCUACACAAGCAGCAUGGAAGUUGUGGGUCCCAACAUCAAAGGCCAGCCCUUUUACAGGGGCAAUGAGAAUACCCCAUACGAAGCAGUACACAGACAUCCCUAUCCUUGCAGCAAGGCCCUAGCUGAGCAGCUCGUCCUGGAAGCCAAUGGGAGGAAGGUCCUCGGGGGGUUGCCCCUCGUGACAUGUGCCCUGCGUCCCACCGGUAUCUACGGCGAAGGCCACCAGAUCAUGAGGGACUUCUACCGCCAGGGCCUGCGCCUGGGGGGUCGGCUCUUCCGGGCCAUUCCAGCCUCUGUGGAGCAUGGCCGGGUCUACGUGGGUAACGUGGCCUGGAUGCACGUGCUGGUGGCCCGGGAGCUCCAGCACCGAGCUGCACUCAUGGGUGGCCAGGUGUACUUCUGCUAUGACAACUCGCCCUACAAGAGCUAUGAGGACUUCAACAUGGAGCUCCUGGGCCCCUGUGGGCUCCGGCUGGUGGGCACCCGCCCGCUGUUGCCCUACUGGCUGCUGCUGUUUCUGGCUGCCCUCAAUGUCCUGCUGCAGUGGCUGCUGCGGCCGCUGCUGCUCUAUGCGCCCCUGCUCAACCCCUACACGCUGGCUAUGGCCAACACCACCUUCACCGUCAGCACCGACAAGGCUCGGCGCCAUUUUGGCUAUGAGCCCCUGUUCUCCUGGGAGGAGAGCAGGACCCGCACCAUCCGCUGGGUGCAGGCCGUGGAGGGCUCAGCCCAGUGAUGGUGGAGCUGGGCCUGGAGGCCAGCAUGGCACAGCCAUCCAGGUCCAGAGCCCUCAGACCCUGGUGGGGAGGGAGGGCUCCAUUCUAGAGCCGGAGGAGGAGGGGUCUGGUGCCAGACUGGCUGUCCUAGAGCUCUCCACAUUGUAAUUCAUGAGCCUUGAGCCUGUGUCCUAAUACCCCUCAGUUCUAGGGCAGGGUUUUGGAGCAAGUGUGUCUUCACUCUCAACCCAGGCCUGACGGCCGGUUGGCGAGGGUCUGACUCCCCUGACGUUCUCCACGGUCCCAUCCCAUUUCUGGCUUUUCAAGCAGGAAGUGGGUAGAAGUUCCACAGGGCCUCGUGCUGGACCUCGGAUAUCCAGGUGUGAUCCUCAGAGCCGGGUUCAGAGUGAAGAUGCUUUCUGGCUCCUCCCACCACCUUUGUCCCCCCUUGGGGUUCAUCGUCCCAUUAUUUUAUUUUAAAACAUUUAUUACCCUUGGACAUUUAUCUUUUUUUAUUCUCUUCAACGAAGGCUGAGGAAAUCUGUGUAUUUUCACCUCUUGCCACCCCUCUACCCAAAUCAGUUCCUGCAGCACUGUUUGAUCUCUGCCUGAGGAUGCCCCAGUAAUGCUGUACCAGUCCAAGCCCUGGAUUAAAGCUCCUUCUCCGA